CGGCAGAACAACACCACGGACCGUUUCGCUUUUGCGGUGCGCGCGCGCUUACACCGAGCGAGACGAGCUGCCGGGCGACGCGACUCGUCCUUUUGCCAUCCAGCAUCCUUCUUAUCAGCUGAAGGUCCUUCUUCCUGUCACCGUGGAGCGACGACUCUGUGUGUGCGCGUGCGAGUGCGUGUGUGUGUUUGUGCGUUGUCAUAGCAACAGCAGCAGCCAUUGGGAGUGGUGCAACGUGGGUUGCGAUAAGAACAACGCUUCGGAGCGUAGGUGUCCAACGCCAAGCUGCGCGCGCGCGCGUGUGUCUGUAGCCUGCGUCUGUGAGUGCAUCGUUUAUCAGGUGUAUUUGUGUGUUCUGCAUGUGUGUACAGAGGAUGAGGAGCAAUAAUAAUAGAACAAACAACAAACAAGCCCUCUUUGAUCAUCAGUAACCGAGGAGCGAGCCGAGAGACGAUCGUCGAUUGAGACGGCGGGCGCAGUGUCGGUCUAUUGCGUGUGAUCUCUUCCUCAGCGAUUGAUAAGCCAAACCAGCCCAGGCGUCCAGGCCUGUCGGUGUGGGUCAAAUGUUUACUUAAUUUACGGCCAUCGUUUGACCCUCGGAACUCGAGCCGAACUCGACGGAAACGGCGGGAAUUUUGAAGGUCAACUUUCCACCCGAGUGCCCGAGAAGCCGUCGGCAAAACGACAACGACCAGAGAGUGGCUCUUCUUUCUUUCCGCGGUUUUUUAAAUGUUCUUAGAACGUGGCACCGGGAUCGGGAUCGUAUCGAUAGCUAGUGACGCACCGAGCAUUCCGAGGGCUAAGGAAGCCACCGUAUACCACCAGCAGCCCGAGCCUGAGGGCAGAAGACGAAGAAGAAGAAGAAGGAUGGACCAGCAAUCGAAGGAUUCGAACGGUACGGCCGUCGCGGUUGCAGCGGCCGCAGCAGCAGCUGCCGCUGCUGCUGCUGGCCGUGGUUCGGUCACGACACAACCGGGUGAUUUUGCGGCUGCCGCAGCCGUAAUGUUUUCGCUGCAGAACACGAUGGUCACCAGUCUGCAGCAGGCCGCCCUGAUGCCCGCCAAUUCGGCCGCCGCGGCCGCUCUCAACCUGCAAGCGCUCGAGUCGUACCUGACGCUGCAGCGAAUCACCAGCAAAUCGGAGGUGCUCCGGUUAAGCAACGCCAGCACGAGCGGCAACCAUCAGCGGCACCAACCGCUUCCCUCGAUGCCCAUCACUGGCCCCGGUUCAUCGCAGAUCUCUACGGGUGGCUCGGGGACGCCGGCCACCACCAACAUGCUGGGCUCCAGCACGGUUUCCGGUGAUUCCAGCGAUACGAUCGGUGAGGACAUGUUUAUGGACACAUCGGGGGAGCCGGCAAGUAGUGAGGCGACGGCAUCGGUGGCCGUCAGUACGAUGCAGCAGAUGCUGCUGCAGAGCAACGAUCUCGGUUCGGACGAGCUGCCGGUGCUGGAUCAGGAUGAGGAUCUCAACUUUGAUGACGAUGCGCCGGAUGAUGGGCACUCCGACGGCAACUCGCUGGACACCGGAUACCCGAGUCUGCUGUUGAAUGCCGCCUUCCACCAGCAGAUGACGGCGGACAAGAUGAAAACGUUGGCUGCCGUUAGUAGUGGCCAGACGACACCCGCAACCUCGGGCAGCAGUACCGGAGCGAUCUCGAAGGCAAUCACAUCGGAUGCCGUCGCUGUCGCUGCUGCCGCAGCCGCCGCUGCCAGUGCUGGUAGUGGCCAGCGGCCGAAGAAGCAGUUCAUCUGCAAGUUCUGCAACCGGCAGUUCACCAAGUCGUACAAUCUGCUCAUCCACGAGCGUACGCACACCGACGAGCGGCCAUACUCGUGUGAUAUCUGCGGGAAGGCGUUCCGCCGGCAGGAUCAUCUGCGAGAUCACCGAUACAUUCACUCGAAGGAGAAACCGUUCAAGUGCCUGGAAUGCGGAAAAGGAUUCUGCCAAUCGCGGACACUGGCGGUACACAAGAUACUGCACAUGGAGGAGUCGCCGCACAAGUGUCCGGUGUGCAGCCGUAGCUUCAACCAGCGCUCGAACCUCAAGACGCACCUGCUGACGCACACCGACAUCAAACCGUACCACUGCAUCGCCUGCGGUAAAGUGUUCCGACGGAAUUGUGACCUCCGCCGGCACAGCCUCACGCACAACCUCGGUACCGGUGGCGGUGGCGGUGGCAUUGGUGGUGGUGGUGGUGCCGGAGCCUCAGGAACCGGGGCCGCAGCACCGGGCAGCACCUCCCCAGCCAGUUCCCUCGCCGGCUCGACCGAUGGUGGUGAUGGGGUGAUGGCGUUGGCCGCGACCGGGACCGGGACGACGGAAAGCGAACUGAAAACCAUCGACCUGAUGGCACUGGCCGACGAUGUCGACUGAUCCGGACACCCGAACCGAAUCGCAUCGGGCGGAACGGGGAACGUUUAGUUCCCCGGGUACCCGUCCGCAGGGUACAAAACUCAGCAAAUCGCUCCCCAUGGGAGAGCGUUCCGGUGUGUAAAUGUAUGUACGUUUGUAUCUCGGUCGACGGUCAAGGAACGGUAAUUUCUUGGUAGUCCUUCGGUGCCGUGUGUGCGCUCUGUAUAUGUGUGUGUGUUUAGGAGAGAUAAAACUGCGUUAGCGUGAGUUAUUUAAUAGUGACUGAUAUGAUAGUAGAGGUAUAAGGAAGGCUAGUACGCGUCGCACGCCGGGAGGUUCGUCGCUUAAACACUUUAGGAAACGUGUAGCGUUGAAGUCUUUCGUUUGCACCACGCUUGGAAGGGUGCAGAGUGGAAACGUAGCGAGCUGUUUGAAAGGGAAUUAAUUUAAGUCUUCGCCUCGGUAUAACGCUGAUUAGGAUAGCGCAACACACACACUAGCGCAAGCGCACACCCACAGACACUCAACGUUAGGUGCACGCUGUUAGGUUCUAUAAAUAAUGUCGGAAUAGAGGUAGAAGUCUCGGUAGUCGGAGGCCUGCAAUGGCCAACGGAGAUGAGACCGUGGCAAUACAUCUUGCUCUGUCCUCCCUCUCUCUCUCUCUCCUUUUCUCCCUUCCUGUCACCAUCUUCCUCUCUCUCUUCGUGCCCCAAAACAGAACGCUCUCAAUUGAUGAUAAUUAAAGUGAAUAAAUAUGCAAGGCGCGCGCGCGCGCGCGCUCGCACGCUCAUGGGAGCAGCAUUAGCAUCUCAAAUCUCAA